AUGUCUCCUCCAAGCGCUAUCGAUGUCGAUGUUCAGGCAAUUGACGAUACUACCGCCAUCACCAUUCCGAACCCUCUUACACUCGAGAGUGUUUCGUCAAGACGUGCAGCUACCGGAAAACUGAUUGCUGGAGUCGCUGCAGUGGCCAAUGUUGAGCAGUUCAAGGGCGAGAAACAACACCUGCACAAGCCCAAGGCUAAGAGAUGGGAUCGCAACUCGCUCAAGGCCGCAGCCAAGUACCUCAAGAAGCCUGGUAUCAUCUCGCUAGGUGGUGGUCUGCCCUCAUCCGAAUACUUCNNCCCCUUUGACGAACUGUCCAUCAAGGUGCCUCAAAUCGGCCACUGGUCUGAGCAAGAAACACGCGAACAAGGCGCCGUACUUACGGCUGGAAAGGCUGACCUUGCCAACGACAAGUCUCUGUUUGACAUCACUACCGCCUUCAACUAUGGCCAGGGCUCUGGAUCUGCACAGUUGUUGCGCUACCUCAUCGAGCACACAGAGAUUGUACACAACCCUCCUUACCAAGAUUGGCACUGUAACAUGACCAUUGGAUCUACCUCAGCUCUAGACGUGGCUUUGAGAAUGUUCUCAGAGCGUGGUGAUGUUGUCUUGACCGAGGACUACACUUUUGCAACAGCUGUCGAGACAGCUGCGCCCAUGGGUGUUCGUAUGGUCGGAGUUGCUCUGGAUAACGAGGGUCUCCUACCUGAAUCUCUCGACGACAUCCUGAGUAACUGGGACGAGGCAGCACGUGGUGCCAGAAAGCCUUUCUUGCUCUACACCGUGCCUACAGGCCAGAACCCCACUGGAGCCACACAGAGCGAACAGAGACGUAGAGAAGUGUACAAGGUGGCGCAGAAGCAUGAUCUUUACAUCCUAGAGGACGAGCCAUACUACUUCUUGCAGAUGCAACCAUACACAGGACCUGACUCGCCAGGAGUACCGCCACCAAAGACUCACGCAGAGUUUCUGAAGUCAUUGGUGCCUUCUUUCUUGUCCAUGGACACUGACGGCCGUGUCAUGCGUAUGGACUCGUUCUCCAAGGUCGUUGCACCUGGAGCACGAGUUGGUUGGAUCACAGCAUCGCAGCAGAUUGUUGACAGAUUCAUGAAGCACAUUGAUGUGAGCACUCAAGCCCCUAGUGGUAUCAGUCAGCUGGUCUUGUUUAAGUUGCUCGACGAGCACUGGGGCCACGCAGGUUUCUUGGACUGGCUGGUUCACAUCAGAAUGGAAUACACGCAGAGAAGAGAUGUCAUGCUUGGAGCAUGUGAGAAGUACCUGCCCAAGGAGGUUAUGAGCUGGAAGCCGCCAAUGGCCGGCAUNCACUGGCUUCAGAUCGAGUACGAAAAGCACCCUGACCACAAGGACAAGUCGGUCGCGGAGCUCGAAGAGAAGAUCUUCCAGACGAUCGUGGACCACGGCGCUUUGGUUAUGAAGGGGUCGUGGUUCUAUGCCGAUAGCCAGGCCAAGCAUGACACCAUGUUCUUCAGAUCAACAUAUGCAGCUGCACCAUUCGAAAAGAUCGACGAGGCCAUCAAGCGCCUUGGAGACGCAAUUAGAGAGGAGUUCAAGCUAGACAGCCAGUAG